CCAUCCGCGUUCUUGCAACCAUAUAGUCUUCUCGAAUCAUCGGAGAUGGAGAAAUGCAGCGUCGACUGCUGCCUUUAUCUCGCCAAGCACUCCGCUCUUGCGUCGUUGCGCAAUAGAACCCCGCAAUGUCGUUACCCGAUCGCCAGCUGGAUGUAGGAGCUUCCGGGCAAUGAAGCUAUGCGUGCUAAAGGUAUAUAUACUUGUGCGAUUUAACACGGUACUCAGAUCAUACGAUCACAAAAUACAUCAUCCAGAGCACUAGCAUACCGUCAGAAUGUCGACCAACGGGAUGCAGAACCUAGAGCAGGGCAACCGAGUCUAUGCGGCGGAUUUCACACAAGGAGAUCUGGCUCUGCCCCCUAGCCAGAACUAUGCCGUUCUGACAUGCAUGGAUGCUCGUAUAGAUCCCGCUGCUGCAUUUGGCAUUCCUCUCGGCGCAGCACAUGUCAUCCGCAACGCUGGCGCGUCGGCUCGUGAUGCAUUCCGUUCUCUCGUUGUAUCGCAGCAGCUGUUAGGUACAACUGAAGUUUUGGUCGUCAAGCAUACCGGGUGCGGAAUGCUCACAUUUGAUAACGAGACGGCCAAAGAUCUCGUCAGGAAGAACAAGGGUUUCGCCGCAGCUAAGGAGGUUGAAGGCAUCGACUUCUUGUCCUUCUCAGAUCUGGAGGCGAAGAUCAAGGAGGAUGUCGAGUGGCUGAAAAGCACUGCUAUUGAGGAGGGCAUCCGUAUUACCGGGUGGGUGUACGAGAUUGAAUCUGGCAAAGUUAGACAGGUGGUGUGAUCUGAGUUCAAUGUACUAGAG